AUGACCACAAACAUGUCAGACUUUAGUGACCUUGAGGAUGCUGACUUAGAGGAAUUGCUUGAUACCAAGGUAAAUCGGUGUGUCCAAACCAGUGUUAUCAGACAUCCUUUAUUGGUCCAACGUGAUCUAACAGGGAAAGUAUUAGAGGGGGAGAAAAGGUAUUAUGAGGAAAUCAAGACAACAGUUACAUACAAACCUACUCACCACCAGCUAUGCUACGAUCAGUUAAAUUCAUUUAUAUAUCCAACAAAUUAUGAGGUACGUGAUUACCAAUAUGAAAUUGUGAAGAGAGCUUUAUUUGAAAAUGUGUUAUGCGCCAUUCCAACCGGUAUGGGGAAGACAUUUAUUGCAAGUACGGUCAUGUUGAAUUAUUUUAGAUGGACAAAGAAUGCAAAGAUAAUCUUCACCGCACCAACUCGACCAUUAGUUGCGCAGCAGAUCAAGGCUUGUUUGGGUGUUACUGGAAUUCCAUACAAUCAGACGGCGAUAUUGUUGGAUAAGAGUCGUAAACAUCGAGAACAGAUAUGGGCAGAAAAGCGGGUAUUCUUUGCUACACCACAAGUUAUAGAAAACGAUUUGAAAAGAGGAGUGUUGAAUCCCAAAGAUAUCGUUUUGGUAGUUAUAGAUGAAGCACACAGAGCACGGGGAUCGUAUGCUUAUGUUGAGGUUACAAAAUUUAUCGAAAGAUUUAAUACCUCUUACAGAAUGCUUGCACUUACAGCAACACCAGCAACCGAUAUAGAGGGUGUUCAAGAAGUAGUUGAAAACUUGCAAAUUUCAAAGAUUGAGAUUAGAACUGAAGAGAGUGAGGAUAUUGUGAAAUAUAUGAAACGGAGAGAUUAUGAGAAAGUAAAUGUACCUUUCACUUCUGAGAUUGAAGACAUUAUAGAACAGAUAGGUAUCGCUGCAACUCCAGUGCUAAAAGAAGCUGUUCAACUGGGUUUAUAUGAUGAUUGUGAGCCUGUAAAUAUAAAUGCAUAUGUGGCAAUGCAACAAAGUCAAAGACUUAUCUCAAAUUCUUCAAUUCCAGAGGGGGUAAAAUGGAAGAACUAUUUUACCUUACAGUUGUUAUCCCAUGUGGGUCAUAUGUUGAAGAGACUAAAGAUUUAUGGUAUCCGGACGUUUUAUUCUUAUUUUGAUAAUAAAUACAGGGAGUUUACGACUAAGUGUGAAUUGGGCAAAUCCAAAAACAAAACUGCUCAAUCGUUCUAUUCCAGUCCAAUAUUGAAAAAUGUUAUCAAAACUUGUCAGCGGUACUUAUCCGUUCCUGAAUUCUUGGGACAUGGAAAAUUGCAGUGCGUUAGGAAUGAAUUAUCUACGUUUUUUGUAAACGUUAAUGCUGAUUCCAGAGUCAUUAUAUUUACCGAGCUUAGAGAAUCUGCAUUGGAAAUCGUUAAAUGCAUUGAUGACAUGAAUGAUAAAAGCUUUAGACCCCAUAUCUUUAUUGGCCAAGCCAGAGGUAAAGAAGGGUUCGAUCAAACUGAAUACAUUAGAAAAUAUACACCAAAAGGUAGGACUAAGGCAGACCGAUUUCGUAGAAUAGAUGAGGAAAGACAAAUUCAAGAGGAAAAGAUGAAGAAGAAAGAAGAGGAAAAGUUAUUAAGGAGUUCUCGGAGAACUGGAAGCUCUGAGGAAGCCCAGAUCACCGGAAUGUCUCAGAAACAACAAAAAGAGGUUAUCAGCAAGUUCAAGAAGGGUGAAUAUAAUGUCCUUGUUUGUACUUCUAUUGGAGAAGAAGGCUUAGAUAUUGGAGAAGUUGACAUGAUUAUUUGCUACGAUACCACCAGCAGUCCGAUCAAAAAUAUUCAACGUAUGGGUAGGACUGGUAGAAAACGAGAUGGUAGAAUUGUUCUGUUGUUAAGUGAUAAUGAGUCGAAUAAGUUUGAAAAGGCCAUGGAAGAUUAUGCCCAAUUACAAAGGCUGAUUGGCCAGGGCUCAAUAAACUACAAAGUCGCAGAUCGCAUUAUACCAGCUAACAUGAAUCCGAAAUGCCAGAAAGAAUUUAUCACGGUGUCUGCCACAAAUAAUGAAGUGAAUGAAAUGGAAGAUACAGAUGCUGUGAUUAAAUUUGCCACACAAGCGAUGUUGGGUAAAUUAGAUAAUAAGAAGACAGGGAAGAAAAAGGUAACGAAAGCAACACCUAAGAGGUUCUUUAUGCCUGAUAAUGUUGAGCAUGGCAUAGUUCCCGCUGUUAAUUUAGUCAACAGGUAUGAUAUAAGAGAAAAUGGAGAGUAUGAAUUAGCGGAGAAAUCCACAAAUAAGAAGAAACUUACCAACGUUCCCAAAGGGCAACACACACUGUUAGAUCGACUAGAGCAUGAUUCUUUAGAAUCAGAUAUGUCUUCCCCAGAAAUGGCAAGUCAAAAUCUAAUUGUUGAUAUUAAACCUAAACUUCUGUCUGAUAUUCUGAUGAAACAAGACAUAACCCUUGGAGCUGAUCAAAUUCCUUCUUCCUAUGAUUCCGAAAUACUAAAUCCUGAUACUACAAUGGUUUUUGACACUAAACACCUAGAGUUCCCGUCAAAAAGGUCACUCGAUACAGACGACCCACCUCAACUACUGAAGAAACAAAAAGCAGAUAAAAAUGCCUUCAUUGACAAAGAAACCACCUACAAAAAUACUUUCAACAAGUCAGAUGGACUCUUGACCCCAAGCGAAAAGAAAUACUUUGAAGAGAAUUACUCAUCAGUUAACCUGGUAUCUUGGGAACCCAAACCACUCUUUUCCCAUCCUAAACUUAAGGUGUAUAAAAUACCACAUUGCGAAAGAGUACGUUCAAUUAUAUCUGUAUUUGACGCAAUGAAUAAUGACGAUAAAGAACAGAUUAUUGAAAUGCAUAGGAAAAAUGCAAUUGCACGUCGAGUAGAACAUCAAUUAGCCACUGAAACUAAUGAACCAACUCAUCGCGCUGUUAUUGUAUCAAAUCAUGAUAUAAGAUUAAUCUCACAGGAACUUGAAUUUGAAGAAACUUGUGAUCGUAGCGAAAUAGACGUCUUAGAUGACGAUGGUGGACUCUCUGAUUUACUCUGCAUCUGA